GACCGCUCAAGUUAUCGCCAGUCGGACCUGACCACGUACAAUAGCGCGGAUUUCUUGCACGACAACAUGGCGAAAAGGAGACCCCGUUCAUACGUCGUGUGAUACUCUUUGGUGAAAAUCACGUGUCGUGUAGAUCUAGUAUUCCGGUUUGUUUUUGUUUUUUUCAAUUUAAAAAAAAAUUCGGACGUAAGGCCUGCAGUUGACAAGAUGUAAUGUGUUAAUUUUUCAUUGUUCAUACUGUGAAAGCUACUGGAUGUAUAGUUCUGCGAUACUUUUUCCUGGAUUUGUCUGACUGCGUCAUUUUUCGCUUUCGGACUCUACCAUAAUAUUUUAGCAAAGUGCUUUAAGUGACACAAAAAGUCAAUACAUUUUACAGUUGUUACAAUGGCCAUGAAAACCCGUGAUCAAGUCGCGGGCUCACGUGUGUCAGCGUGUAUAUUCUUCCUUAUACUUUGCGUCAUGACUGUGCCAUGUGGAAGCCAAGGCUCUACCACUUCCGCUUCGAAGGACUUUAGGAAUUCCCGCCAAAAUCCCAGGACGUCGGGCCUGGGAUCUUCAAAGGUAGACAUGACUUCUCCGAAUAGAGGUACAGCGACAACCAUCACAGGUUCCACGUCCAGACCAACGGACUCGGGCGAAGUUUUCACAACCAGAAAUAGUGUGUACUCGACGUCAUCAAGUCCUGAGGCCAGGCAGAGUGUGGGAAGCACGACUUCAAGGAGACCGCCGUGGACACCCACAGAUGACGUUGUAGUGUCUACCCGUCGUCGUGCCGCUGUGGUUACUAGCCCUUCUAUACAAACGACCACAACGAGGACAAUUUCGUCGUCGCUGUCAUCGUCAUCUAAGAGCCCUGACCAAAGAUCAUCGACUUCCUUUUAUUUUACUGAUACUACAGCUCCUCCUACAGCAUCAACGACUUCAUCGACUACAUCAAGAGCGACAACAGCAAAAGCAACAACCCCCACACCGACAGCUGUAUCUUCAUCAACAACUACCACUACCACCACCACAACGACAUCAGUAAAAACAACAGUCAAGACGACGGCGACGACAACAGCAGCAGCAACAACAAGAACAACGACUACACCAACAACAUCGAAACCACAGAGCAGGUCCACCCCUCCCACCCCUCCUCCCAACCCUCCUACCCCUCCCACUCCUCGGACAUCAAAGACGAAGCCUACAACGACCACAACAACAACUCCAUCAGGACCAACAACAACAGCAGCACCGAGGUUUUGUAAUCGCACCAAAACCUCGACUUACUUCACCAAGUGUCUUCCAUGUGACGUAAAAGAUUCGUGUCUUGAUGGAGACUUUCAAG